GACGGUUUCACAACAGUGAAAGAGGCUCCACGCCCACAUUCACCACCCAUCUCCUCCGGUCACAUCUUUGAGGGGGGUCAUUACAAAGAAACACCACAAACACUCAAUCACUGGAGAACCAUUUCACAGAGGUGUCCACGCCUUCUCUCUCUCUCUACACAACAAACGUGAAAGAAACACGUUUUUUUUUUAAGUGACCGGGGAUAUUCCGGUAUGUUAACGUUGAUUUGUUCUCCGUCGUCGCAAAACAAGUAGCUCACAGUCGAAGGUGCGCUUCACGUUUGGGGACAAUUGUGUCCUGAGAAGUCUUCACUUGUGUUAUAUAUCACAAGAUAUUUCAGCCAUGGAGUUGAGUUCAGUGAUCUUAACGACCGGGAGCUCCGUCGGAUUUUUCCGACUGGUCAACACUGGGUUCCGAAAGCUGCCCAUGCCUGAAUCCGCCUGCAGGAAUGCAUGGAAGUGGAGAAACAUCUCCACAUCCAUUGUGCACAGUUUUAUCACUGCGAUAUGGGCAGUCGCGUGCUUUUUCCUUCACCCACAGAUGGCUGAAGAUUUGAUAGAAACCCACUCUGUGUUUUCUCACGCUUUGGUGUCGUUUUCUAUCGGUUACUUCAUCUAUGACUUCCUUGACAUGUUGGAGAACCAGAAGCUGACUCAGGCCUGGGAGCUUCUCUUCCAUCACAUUGUGGUGAUCGCCUGUUUCGGCUUCUCCGUGAUGUCUUCCCACUACAUUGGCUUUGCCGUGGUGGCCCUGCUGGUGGAGAUCAACUCCGUGUUCCUCCACCUCAGGCAAAUGCUGCGUAUGGCCAACAAUGCGGCGGGCACGCUGUACCGGGUCAACAGCAUCAUCAACCUGGGCACAUACGUGGUGUUUCGCAUCAACACGCUGGCCUGGAUGACCCGCUGGCUGGUGCUCAACAGGGACAAUGUGGCCCUCCUGGCCUACACGCUGGGCAGCGUGGGAAUGGCCAUCAUGACGUGCAUGAAUAUUGUCCUGUUUUGUCGGCUACUCAGGAGCGACUUCUUGAAGAGCAGCACCCGGGAGACCAAGAAAGAGAAGGAGAUGUAAAGAUGAGGGGAGGAAGGGACACAAGAAGGAUUAUAAUCUAUAAACGCACUCGUUACUGUAUUUAAACUUCAGUUUUGGUACUGUUUUUUUUUUUUUUGCAUGUGUGUGUGUGAUAUGCUCUUAUGUUGGCAGAUGAAUGGAUCUUUUGAUCUCACAUACUGUACAGGUACACCGUACAACUUGUAAUCAAAUGGCCUUACGUGAAACAUGGAUCACUCACAGACGUAAUGUUAAAAGCUACAUUUCGGUGUAGUUUUAACUUUAGGCUUAUGUACGCGUGUGUGUGUGUGUGUGUGUGUGUGUGUGUUCCAAUAAUCCUGAAGUGCCAUUAGUGGCUCACUGAUGGUAGGAUGUAGGAUUCCUUAUGUGAACAAUGAAAGGUCUCGUAAAACAACACCAAUAGCCUUAUUUCCCACGAGAUGUGUUUCAGCUAAAUCUGUUCUUCACAGUAAGUGAAGACGCUCAUAAAACAAACCCACUAACUCUUUAUAUUUCCAAAGAAAACAUAGGAAACAAUUACAAAUAUCUUAAGAAUAAUGUUUUUAUUUACCAUAUUGUAUCGUAAAUUGUCGUAUCCAAACCCUCUUGUUCAACACUAGCACUGCAACGGUGAAUAGAUCUUUUUUUUUUUUUUUCUCCAACAAAUCUCCUUAACUGAAAACCGCCUGCUACCUCAGAAAGCUGUACUGUCAGUGUCUGGCAGGUUCUUUAUUAAAAGAGCAGAAAAUAAAACCAUAUUUCAAAAAAUACCAAUCCUUACUGAAGGAGAGAAUAAGCUGAUGGGUGAAUACUUUGAAGUGGCAUCUAAAUAAAACAGAUAAGGUUUGAUGACACAAUGCAGAGCGACUUGAUGUUAGCUAAACAACGUUUGCCAAAUGGAUUUAAAACAUCGAGGAUAAAGAAUUUAGAAAUAUUAGUCAUAGCAGGCUUUAUAUUCAUUAUAAAGAUACAGUAUAACCGUAAUCCUGAAAACAACCUGAGCCGAUAGUGGUCAUUGUGUUGAGUAGUUUCUGACUUGAUUGGCUCAUGGAUCAAUUACAAACCACCACCAAUGGCAUCAGUGUCCAGCAGCAGUCAGUGAUGGAGGUUUUUUUUUUUAAACAAAACGGGUUUAAUGACAAUAGAUAGCGCUACAGAAAAAACUGAUGUUAAUGUUUUCACAGUUUGCAUGUAAUUCCUUUAGUGGUCUCUGAAUUUGCAGCAGGUGCUCUCAGACAGGCAGAAGUUGUUGUUCUUCAUUUGGCCUUUAGAGGACAGCAGCACUCCUCAACAUCACCUCAGUGAUCUCAGCAAAAACAACACAAGAGACGUCUUUAUUUUGAAACGUCUUUGUAGACUGGUGCCUCAUGCCUUCAAUUUGAAAUAACCACAAAGCCCGUCGAGUGCUUGGAACUAACAGGUCUGAGAUCUGUGAAUACAGAAAAACACACGGCUGCUACAAGGCUGCCUUCUCUUACCACUCACAUCAUAGCAUUACAGUCCUUAUGUGGCCUGGAAACAUGGGAUGCCAUAUAUGUUUGGCAUUGUUGCUUUUUUGUGUAUAAUCAUUGUCUAGGGGGUGAAAAUGUGAAUAUUUGUAAUUUAUUUGUGCUAAAAAAGUGUGGAUUAAACAGAAAAUUCAAUGAAUAUCCCUGGAAAAAACCCCUCUUGAUGACAGUUGAGUAAAUAUGAUUGCGUAAGUUGUGUUGUUACGGGGCAUUGUGCUUCUUUGGGUCUUCUAUUUACAUUAGCCAUAUGUAUACAGACCUAAAACCAGGCUGUCCAACUACAUUACAAACACAGUGAUUCAAUGACACAGACCAUUAAAAUAACUGUCCUUAUUUAAUUCAAGACAUCACUGCACUAAAGAAACGGCACUAUUUGGGAGGAAGACGUGGCUGAUUCCCAGAUUUUAAGAUCAGGAGUAACUCACUUUUUAAAUUUUUUAUUGUGAAUGCCACAUUUUUUUAUUAAAUACUUCAAUUUGUAUAGGGCAGCUUGACUUUGUGGUUGUAGUGAAGACAACCGGUGACAAGUGAAGUUCUUUCUAACAAGCAAGCUUAUAAUUGUGAAUGUGUUGCUCGAGGCUGUAAUGUUAUUGGAAUUAUACAUUAUGUUGCUGUGUGCUUUUAUGAAUUGUGAUCAAAUAUAACGGGCAAGUUGAGAUGCCUCCUCCAAUCAACGUUGUAAUGACAAACAAUCUAAUGUUCUGCUCUCCGCAGUCUGAUUUCUGCUCUUUUUUUUGCGACCUGUAUGGUUUUAAUUUCAAACUGUCCCGAGGCCACGGAUGAUUCUCUGCUUUUAUAUUUUUGGGUGGUGAACACAAGGAAAACUAUUUCAGGAGAAAGUGGCAGCGUUCAUGAAGUCAUGUUGCAACACUCUGCCUCACUUUCCUCAUCAUACACAGUAAAUGUGGUGUUUGACUGCAUUGAUCUCACAGAAUGAAAAAAAAUAUAUAUAUAUUUUUUAUCACAACCUACAAAUGAUACCAGUUUUAUACCCUUGCUUGUUCAUUUAUUGUUGUUUUCUGGUGGUUGGUGAAAUAUUGCCUGUUGUAAACUAUGAAAAAAAUGAAAUUCACAACAGUGAAGACUGUUGACACUGUGCAGCAUGUCAAAGAGGUUCUGAAAGAAAAAUCAUCUGCUUUCUCGGAGCAACAAACUUUCACUUUUCACAGAAUUAUGCCUUUCAGUGUAAAUAUAAGUUUUAUUUUUUCAUGUUUUGGCAGAUU